UGCAUUUCUCAUCAGUUCAGCUUCGAUCAUGACGGACGAAACAACGCCACUCACCACCGCCAUCGCCGGUGGCUCUGGAUAUGUGGCGCUGCCUCCCUAUCAAGGACCCGAACACGUAUUUCCAGGCGGCGUAUCGCCGCGUUCGCGUCGCAACAAAAUGAAACAGCUGCAGUGCUGCAUAGGCAUUACAUUCAUCGUCAUUGUGUUUGUCGCCUUGGGCCUGGCUUUGGUGUUCGACGACUCGCUCACCAAAGGGGAUGGUAGUCCCAGCUUUUUCUUUGUUAUAAACGGAACGCACUUGGAGCUGGCCCCGAUGACACCUAUACCAGAUGAGCCAGCAGCGGAUUGGGCCCUACAACAGGCGGCUGUGGAUCAUCAAGAGGGCGCCCGAUCAGUUAGUGCCGGCAUCAAAGCGCUGGGGGACCGUGAGAUACUGGAGGAAGGCCUGCAGCCGAAUGAGGUGAACACGCCAGCCUUCCGGCACUAUCGUUCGCUGAGCACCAAUCCAGAGGCUCGGAAGCUGGCACGUCGUGGUUACGUCGAGAACCAGGCGACCAUGGACAUUGCCCGCAGAUUCAACUACACCAAGCAGCCGGGUCGAAGCAAUAUUGGCUGGGGGCCACAGAUCGCGCUGCCGGAUCCUACGGUGCUACGGUUGGACUGUGACUUCAAUGACCGCUACAGGCGAUCGACUGGCGUCUGCAACAGCAAAGAGCAUCCGCGCACAUUCGGUGCCUCGAUGGUGCCCUACCGCCGUAUGGUGGCACCGGACUACGCCGAUGGCAUUGCAGCUCCCAGGGAGAGUCAUGCGGGCCGCCUACCACCCGCACGCCAGGUCUCCCUGAAGAUCCAUCGUUCCAGCUACGAGACGGACUCAAAUUUCACCGUCAUGCUGGCGGUCUUUGGGCAGUUCAUGGACCACGACAUCACCGCCACAUCGCUGACCACCUCCGAGGAGGGCGAGUCCAUCAACUGUUGUGUGGCAGCCACUCGCGAACAGCAUCCAGAGUGCUUCCCCGUGGAGAUCCUGCCCGACGAUCCCUACUACAAGCGGUACAACGUCACCUGCAUGAACUUUGUGCGCUCGGCGCCGGCUCCAAUGGGCAGAUUCGGGCCGAGGAUGCAGCUGAACCAGGCCACCGCCUUCAUUGAUGCCUCUGUGGUGUACGGCAACCUGGAGCAGCGCCAGAACCAGCUGCGCAGCUUCAUCAAUGGCACGCUGCGCAUGUUCCUGACCGACGACGGACGGGAGCUGCUGCCCAUUUCGGCCAAUCCGGCAGAUGGCUGCAACCGCGUCCAGAUGACACGUCAGGGCAGGUACUGCUUCGAGUCUGGCGAUGAUAGGGCCAACGAGAAUCUGCUGCUCACCUCCAUGCACCUGCUCUGGGCCAGGCACCACAACAACCUGGCCCGCAGCCUCCACGAAGUGAAUCCCGACUGGGACGAUGAGCGCAUCUAUCAGGAGGCCCGCAAGAUUGUCGGCGCACAGAUGGCCCACAUCACCUACAACGAGUUCCUGCCGGUGCUGCUCGGCAGAAAUCUGACUCGGGCCAAGGGUCUGCUACCGUCCAGCGACAGUCUCGACGAGCCGGAUACGUACGAUCCGCAGGUGGAUCCCAGCAUUGCCAAUUGCUUUGCUGCGGCCGCCUUUCGGUUCGCCCACACCCUGCUGCCGGGUCUGUUCAAUGUUUCGCGGGACAAUAGCACGCCCGAGGCGAUGGAGCUGCACAAGAUGCUCUUCAAUCCCUUCUCGCUAUGGAACGAGCACGGCAUUGACCACGCCCUCAAUACGGCUGCCAAUACGCCAGUGAUGCGCGUGGAUCGCUUCUUCUCGCUGGAGGUCACCCAGAAGCUGUUUGAGGGCAAUGCCGAGGAUCCGGUUCCACUCUGCGGUCUGGACCUGGUCUCGCUGAACAUUCAGCGGGGUCGCGAUCAUGGCAUACCCGCCUAUCCGGUGUUCCGACGUCACUGCCGCCUGCCGCCGGUGGACACGUGGGAGCAGAUGGCCCAGGCGGUUGACAACGCCACUUUGGCGUCCAUCAAGCAGAUAUAUGAAUCUCCGCAGGAUGUGGAUGUGUAUACGGGAGCCGUCAGCGAGCCGCCGCUCGAGGGCGCCAUCUUCGGUCCGCUGCUGAGCUGCAUGGUCUCCGACCAGUUCCUGCGCCUUAAGCUGGGCGACUCCCACUGGUAUGAGCGGAAAAUGGGACCCCAGAGGUUCACCAAAGGACAACUGGCGGAGAUCUACAAGACUAGUCUGGCUGCCAUCAUCUGUCGCAAUUCGGAUGGCAUAACGCGAGUUCGUGAGCGCGUCAUGGAGCGUCAUCGGGUGGAGGACAAUCGCUAUGUUGACUGUCGGGAUUUGGCCGGCUUCAACUUGGAUCUCGAGGCCUGGUCAGAGGCCAAGCAGUCGCCAGAACUCCACAGAGCGAGCAUCAGUCGGACGGACAAAGCGGUGCGGGUAAUAAUAUCAAAGGAGCCGAAGAAAGCCACGCUGGAUGCCGGUAGUGCUGGAAAUGUAUGAGGUUUAUAUGAGGAUUCUGAACUAUGAGUAAAUGCCAAAUAAAUGUGAGAAUCAAGAACAAAUCUGUAGUUUCCGGGCGGCAGUAUCUUUACGAACUAAAGGACACUGCCUCCUGCCCAGCAACAACAUCAUGAUAAGCACUUCAAUUCCUAUUUACUUGCAGUUUAAAAAGUGUUUACUUGUGUUUAAUUGUACCUAUUAAAAAUAUAAAUGAAUAGCAAGUAA